AUGGAAGGUGAGAACCAAUCCCUGGUCAUCGUCUGCAACAACGGCAGUGUCCUUCCUUUCAACAGAUCCGACGCUGGCGAGGAUAAUUUCUACACAGAGCUUUCUACAGCGGAGACGGCCACCAUCGGUUUUUUGUUGGUAGCCAUAUUCUUCACCAGUCUGUUUGUCAACACAUUCGUUAUUCUUGUUUUCUGGAAACGAAGGACAUUAACCAUUUCCAACCGGUUUGUGGCCAACCUGACCAUCUGUAAUUGCCUAAACACAUUGGUGGUGGUCCCAUGUGCUUUCACCUCGCUGCUGACCCAGCGGUGGGUCUUUGGGAUGUUCUGGUGUGUUUCUACAGGGUUUAUCAUGAACGUCGUGGUUAGCGCUAGCAUCUUCACGUUGGCCGUGAUCUCCAUCGACAGAUACUGCGCCGUGGUGACCCCGUUACACUACUCCAUGAAAAUGACCUCCAGGAGAUGCUAUGUGUUUGUUAUCUGUAUCUGGGUCACUGCAGUCUUCAUCUCAGCCCCUCCGUUGUUGGGCUGGAACGCUAUUGAGUUCCAACGCAACAAGAUGGUCUGCACGGUCAAGUGGUCUGGUGCUGGCAGAUACGACAGCUGCUACACAUAUUUCCUGAUCAUGUUUAGCUUCGUGCUUCCCCUGAUUGCUAUUAUGUGGACCUACUGUAGAAUAUACAGGGCUGCCCGUGGCAAUAUCGUUAGAGCCCGACGAAACAGCAUCAUUCGCGUCAGUCCUCCAGCAACUGCUGGACAGUCUGAUGAAAGUGUUCAACAGUCCACACCUGUCAACUCUAGGAGACGGAGCAGCACAGUUCCAAUUCUCAGACGGCUGAGCCAGUCAUCCAGCCGUUCCUCGUCUUUCCUGUGGAGAAAGGAGGAAUGGAAGGCAGCAGUCACAAGUUUCCUUGUCCUCUUCAGUUUUGCCAUUUGCUGGGCGCCAUAUUUUCUAGUGAUGGCAGUGGAGGCUGGGUGCAGUACCCACUGCCAGCCAUACCCCAUCAUCUCACACAUCUCUACGGUGCUGGCCAUGCUCAGUUGUGCCUGCAACCCACUGCUGUAUGUAUUCAGAAGCAAACUAGUUCGCAGAGAACUAACAGAUGUCGUCCGGGGACGCACCAGCCGUGAACAUAGUGUGUGCAUUCCCCAUGAAGUCAUGAGAAGGAACUCAGUUGUCAGGACCGAUAGCUGCAGGAGUUUGCCCAGUUUGAUGGGCCUGCGUGAGGAGGAAGAGGUCGACGAUGCGGAUGACAACUUCCGAGAUAAACAUAGACCUGGUGUCUAUUCACCAGUCAGCCAUGACAGAAGUAUCUGCACAGAGUCAGUGGCAGCAUCCACUUACUUGGCUUACACGACCUGCAUCUCUCUGAAGAUUUCAUGA